AUGUCACAUCACUAUUCACCCAACUCUAGUAUAAUCUCCGGUCCCGGUGGGGAUACUCGCACUGCGAGUGACGUACGCGAUGGAACUAAACCAUUCAGCCACGCGAAUGGCGAUUCCCGCCGAGGCCAUGUCCGCUUCGCCGCUGAAUUAGGCAGCGCCGUUGAAGAAGCUGUUGCAUCGAUUGUAGCAAGACAUGGAGGCGCUGGUAUUGACAAGAGCCUUGCCUGGGAAGCCAUUCAGAGUCUCGCAAGGUCCAAGCUUGACGGGUUCACAGGCAGCUUGAUAGCGCAGGGGACCCAAGACUUUUACACGUCCAAUAAUUUUGUUUCUGCCGCUGAAGCUUCACUCUUCUUUUCUGAAAAUGCCGGCUCUAUGAACCACCAUGUCCCAUAUAUGGCAGACUUGGAUGCGUUCUUCCAGAAUGAACAGCCUCCUGGUAUCGAAGAUGUUCAGACUCUGGAAGUUCCAGACUUCGGAAAUGCCAUCUAUGAUGAUGGUCCCUUUUCACUAUGGCAGGCGCCCAUUCCAAGUCCCUCCUCUGCAACGAUUACUCUCCCUACUAACAGUCCAUCCUUCCAAGAGCCGUGGUCCGAUGGAAAUUCCGUUGAAUCUUCUGCGACUGGAAGCACACGCACUAUUACAGCUAGUCCUGCCUCUAGAGACCUUGGGCAUGUGGGACAAAGACUCGGGAUUCCUCCAGUACAGCACAACGAUUCUUGGCCCCAGAGAAGCCUCAAACCUCCGUCAAAGCGUUCCGUGAGUCAAGCUGAUCGCUUGCUGCAAGGUAAUAGGGCCAAGCCAUCUGGUAAGCGAGCUAGGCGAGGAAGACCAAGUGAACGGGAUAGCUGUGCCCGUUGCAAAAUUCAGAAGAAAAAGGUGGGUGAGAAACACUCGAAGCAUAGGAGAGAACUUACAAGUGCCAAAGUGCUAUGGGAAGGCCACAGUUUGCCAGCCUUGUGCGUCAUCUAUGUACCGGGAGCUCUGUGUUCCCGCUUGUACCAAACACGGAUCCAAUCUUUACUCGAUAACAUCGAUCAAUGGCUCCCGGUAGAAAGCUAUAAGACAGUAACCAUUGAAAUAUCAAACGGGUUUACACCGGCAAUGCAAGUGAGGUUAAAGCCAUACGUCCCUUUCAGCCACGUUGCUCUCACUCACGUUCUAUUCCGUGGGACUGAAGCUGGCAUGAUUACUCCGCGGGCUGAAAGUACGGCAUUUUCUCUCGAGGAUGGUACUCUGAGACCGGAGAAGAUCGAUGCUUAUUGCGAUAGUCUCGCAUUCGAUCUAGCACUGGAUGAAGGAAGACAGGCAAUGGACAGGAAUAGACUGGCAAGUCAUAUCCUUAUGUUUGCUACGACACAAUGUGCAGGACUUCAAGAAUCACCGAGUAUAGAAGGGAUCGGCUUGGUACGGCUUGCGUUACGCUUCUGGGCGAUGCAGGCUGUAUUUUUCAAGUAUCCUUGGACUAUAGUGAAUGGUGCCUCAGAGAUCGGCAUGUACUCACUAGAUAUCCCAGGAUGCUGGUUUGGGAAGACACUACUCCCACGACUUGUCAACCAACAACUUGACAGGGCCUUUGAGAUGCGAAUGGAUGAACUAGAGCGAGAGAUACUUGAACAACUUCAAGACAUGAUCCUCAGCCGUGAACGAAGCACGUACUGGUGCGCCAUAUUCUUAACAACUUUCAUACUCUUACAUAGUCUCGAGAAAGACUCAUGGAACAUGCACGCCUGGGAGUACGAGAAGAACCGCGAAGGGGGGACUCGUUGGCCUUUGAGAAGGGACCCGUGUGACUACUACGGCCAGAACAAACAUAUCGCAGAUACGUUGACUACAUAUUUCCGUAUUGUGACGAAUGGGCAUGCGCCAUUUGCCAUAGACUGGACAAAAUCUUCAAAUCAAGGACUCCUGGGUAAGAGUUUGCAUGCUCGAUCACUGAUUGAGGGCAUACAGAAAGACCUACAGAAUCACCAGUCCAGUAAACUACAGGAGGGAACUGGACUCCCCAAAUGA